GUUUUUGGGCGCACAAGUGUGGAUCUCUGCUUGCACGCGCCGGCCGCGUGAUUGCUGCAGAGCAUCCUAGAGCUAUUCGCAGCCAGCUGCAUUCGUGCAGAGAAUUACGGCCGCGUGUGAGCCACAGAGCAAGAGAGCGCCCACAGCCGCCCCGCAGCCAUGCUGCAUGCAUCGUCGUGCGAUGAUUCCUGACGAAAUAGCGGAUGCUGCGUUCGACGGUGAUAAGGACACAGUGGUAGAGUGGCUGGACGAGCACCCGGAGCGUGUAAACGACACCGACAACGCCGGAGCGUCGUUCCUCUUACUAUGCGUUGAUAAUGGAAUAAAGCGAGAAGAACAGCUUGAACUGGUCUGCUACCUCUUGAGUCGAGGGGCGGAUCCAAAUCAAAUGUGCCUCCUAAUUGACACCGAAGACGAAGAAUUCAACGUGGAAGGAUAUAUGACUCCGUUUUAUGCCAUUUGUUCCGCAAGCAAUUCUCCUCUCGUCCAGCACGCUGUCGCUUCUUUUCUUAGCGCCGGCGCCGACCCAAACUUGAGGCUCAGGCUGGCCGACUCAACCCCUGAGCCCAACACAAGCCCUCUCAUGGGAGCGAUUCGCAGCUUCGUUGCAUCGCAUGGCGGGACAUCAUGGCAGCUUCCCGUCGUCGUGCGCUUGCUGAGGGCCGGCGCAUCGCUAGACAGCAGCUUUGAGGGGGAGCUGUCGGUUGACGAGUGGAUUGCAGCUGAGCAACGGCAACGUCCCGAGGUGAUCGAGGAUCAAGUGCAAUUUCAAGCUGUAAUUACCUUGAUCCGAGGCGUCCGCGCCGCGGGCUCGUGGAAAAAAUACUGCCGGGCACGGGCCCCGCACCGCGAGAUACUGGCGCUACGGAGCCUCGCGAUGCGGGGCUACAUCACCCCGUAUCAAAGGCGUCGCACGCGAGGCGCUGAGCACAAGAUAGCAAUCGCCUUCGUCGCGCGCCUCGGCGACAACGGGAUCGUCUGGAACAUCCUGUCCUUCUGGCGCGACCCCGACGAUAUUGAAGACAUAACCCUAGGAAACGGGGAUGUGGUAAGAGUGUAUUCAUAA